CCUCCCCAAGCGCAUCGAAAAUGGCGGGAGCCCUGGCGGUCGUCGCCGGCGAGCGGCUGCCGGCGGCCUCCGCCGUCGCUCCCUUCAGGGGCCACUGGGAGGUCAGCUUCUCUCGCUUCUUCGCCCUCCCUUCCCGGCCGCCCGCAUGCCUCGUCCUCGCCCCUCUCCGCGACUGCGACCGCCGCCGCCUCGCCCCCUCCGGUGGGACCUGGCUCUCGUCCUCCUCGACGGCUUCGCUGCAGCUCCACUCCGGUCCGGCCGCGAUCAUCACCAUCUGCUUGAGCGGGAAGUUGCUCGAAGAGCAUUUCGUUUCCAAAUUGCAGUUCUUCAGGCCGCAGUUGUCGUACAUGUCUGAAUUUCCAGCAAUGGCUAGCAGAGUUGUCCUCAUGAGCUACAGGGAUUGCAGAAAUGAGUGCAUGAUGGACUUUUCAGUUUAUUUGCAGAUCCAGAAAUUUGCCUUGAGAUUUUCAACUACUUAUGAAACUGAUUCAUUCGCAAAUUCUUUAAAGGAGAUCUUGAAAGAUGCCACUGAAAUUGAACUGCAAAAUACUCAUAUGGCAUCUCAAAUAUCUUCGCAUUCUGAGUUCACAUCCUAUUCUCCAUACAGAGUUCAGGAGGAAAGGGAUAUUUCUUGCAUUGGCAUUCAAAAUCCUGAAUACUUAUCGAUCUUGGAGAAUGAGUCUCAACAGUUCUCUUCAGACAAGGAAAUUGCUUAUGAUCGUGAUGCCGAAAAUGGUCUUGCAUCCUUUCCUCCAAGCUUCACAUCAUUUCUGACUAGUUGUGCUGACCACGGACAAGCCACAACACAAUCAACUAUACCUGAAGUAGUCGAACUCAAAUCUCAGAUCAUGAAAUACAUGGAAGAUUCUGAAUUCCAAGAGAUGUUGCUUAGAGUGGACACGGUCAUCAGUGAAAUUGGAAUGUGAUUCAUCAUUGUGAUUGUCAUGGCUGUUGAUAUUCUUAGCGAGGCAUCUGAAACCUUGGCUGCUAUGGUGGGCCUUGAACCUAGCAGUCAACCCUCUCGAGUGUAGAUCUUUUUUCCACUUUUUUGGCGAUUCCUUUUUGCAGUAUAAUGCGGUAAAACAUCUGGAGAUAUUCGAGGUCAUUCAGGGGCAAAUUGCUCCUCAAGUAAACUCCGGUAGUGGUGUUACUGGUUGGAAUUAUAUAGGGUGAUUUCAGCAUUCAACAGGACUGCCUGCUGAAAGCCCCAAGUUUAGUGAGCUUUGGUUAAUGCUUUACGUUUUCUCCUUGGCCUGGUGCAUUUUGUCUGUUGUGCUCUUAGGCUUGGGCAUUGCAAACACUUUUCUGGAGAUCAAUACAUUUACAACGA